AUGGACACCCAAUGUCCAAACGAUUCGAACCCGAAACAACUAUGUUCUGCCCGUAAUAUCUCCGGAAUCGAUCUGCUCUUCCAAGGAUUGAACCUCUCGGUUAAAAGAAAGAAAAUCUUACAUGAUGUGUUUGGUGCUGUUGGUGAGGGAGACAUGCUGGCAAUCAUGGGACCCAGUGGUUCAGGCAAGACAUCCCUAAUGAACUGUAUUGCGGGCCGAGUUCUUCCGGACUCGGGGGAAAUCCUCGCCAAUGGGGUCAAGUUCAAUAAGUCCAUGAGACGACAGAUGUGCUACGUUGAACAGGAAGAUCUGUUUUUCCCCACCAUCACUCUCAUGGAGACGCUCACGUACAGCGCUUUGCUCCGACUCCCGGACAAGAUGCCUUGGAAGAGGAAGAAAGCUCGCAUUGAGGAAGUCAUCCAAGCUCUCGAUCUCACGAAAUGUCAACACACAAUUAUUGGUGAUGCGACGAUGAAAGGCCUAUCUGGGGGAGAGAGGAAGAGGGCCAAUAUAGGAUGCGAACUGUUGACCAACCCGGCAUUGAUGCUUCUGGAUGAACCUACCUCUGGCCUUGACUCGAGUACUGCCCACAUGCUGAUGAAGACGAUAAAGCGGUACACUCGGGACCACAACAAAACUGUGAUCAUAGCCAUCCACCAACCAUCAAGUCAGAUAUUUUAUAUGUUUGAUAAGCUUCUCCUUCUCUGUGAUGGAAAGGUUGCUUAUUUCGGAAAGACCAGCAAGAUCGUAGACUUUUUCGACAACAUUGGUCUCCGCUGUGCGCCUCAUUUCAAUCCAGCUGAUUUCAUAAUGGAUAAAGUAAAAUCAGAAGAUUCCAUCAAAGAUAUGAUCACCUCUGCAGGCAGGGCUAUCAGCCAAACGUCUUUCUGGUUAGAGGAGCUCCAGGCCCUGGGCCAUCGCUGCCAGGAAAGGUUGGCUGUGGCCAUCUCAAGCAAGCAGACGGUAGCCAAGCGAGAUACCCGGAUGGACCCUGGAAUCGGUGUAGUAAAUGAAGGAUUUUCCCUUGAAAAUACUUUGAAUGGUGAACCAGAGGGACACUUCAAUGGCGAUGUAGUUGGCAAGGUUUAUGCUAACAAUAUUCAAAAAGGAAGUGUUUUCCUAAAUUCCGUCCGAGUAGAGUUUCCGAUUUCUGACACUGAUGUUUACUAUGAUGGAAGACGCAAGUACCAGUCGUCCUUCUGGACUCAGUUUGGCGUCCUUUUCGUGCGGAACAUGAAAGAGUCACGACACCGCGUGCUGACGGUCCUUAACGCUACUCAGGCUCUCCUCAUUAGCUUUGUGACAGGACUGCUCUUUUUCCAGUUAGAUAGGACGGAGGAGACGCUCAUAGACUGGGAGAACGUGGUAUUCAUUGUUUGUAUCCAUUGGAGUUUCAUUGGAAUGAGUGAUGGCAUCGGCGGAUACCACAAGGAGCACACGCUGAUCUUGAGGGAGCGAGGCUGUGGCUCGUACAGGCUCUCCGCGUACUUCCUCUCCGACUGGCUGAGCCAGUUUCUACUGAUAUCAAUCAUGCCAAUGGCCUCCCUCAUCGUCGUCUAUGCGACAGUCGGCAUGAAGGGUGUCGGCGGAUUCUUCGGCUUUUAUGGAAUUCUGUGUCUUGGGGUUAAUGUGGCUCAGAACUUUGGUUUGAUGUCGAUCGUGGCCACGGGGGAGGUUCUCUCAGGGGAUACGGUGUCCAAGGUGGCCAUGUUCGCCACGCUUUUGUCCAGUGGCUACUUUGCUCGCAACAUCCCGCACUGGCUCGAGUGGAUGAAAUACAUCUCGUUCAUCAAGUAUGCGUUAGAUGGUGUGAUGCAGAUUGAAUUCACAAAUUCACGAGCGAUUCGAUGCGUGAACAACGCUUCAUCCGUAAUCUCAUCAUGCCGUGAAGACAACGUGACGUCAGUUCCGUCGGAAGCGUAUUUUGGAACGAGGUUGGAUCUCUUUCCUCUCUGGGCGAACGUUUUGUGUCUGGUUACAUUUAGCCUUGUUUUCCGGUCGGUUAUAUACCUUCUACUCCGGUUCGUCAGGUGUCCGAAGAGCCACUAA